CUCGCCACUCGCCAAACGUCGUCGCUUUUUUGGAAGAUUCCUCUAGAGUAGGAAGAGUGGACCAAAGAGAGAAACCCAGAAAGGUCGAAUCUCUCCGGCGAAAAUAAAAAGAGAGAGUUUGAAGCGAUCUCACUCAUUGAUGGCGGAAAACAGCGAAGAUCCUCAGCGAUUGAAGAAGAUCGCGGCGGCAGCAUACGACUACGACAACGACGCUCGAUGGGCGGAUUACUGGUCCAAUAUUCUCAUCCCUCCUCACAUGGCUUCUCGCCCCGAGGUCAUCGAGCAUUUCAAGCGCAAAUUCUAUCAACGCUUCGAGGAUCCUGAUCUUGUUGUGGAGCCUAUGUCGACUUCGUCUUCGUCUUCGCAAUCUGCCAGACCAUCUGCUACAUCUGCAUCUGCGAAUGCAAAUGAACAAGCUCGUUCACGGAACUCAGGAUCGGUUCCACGAACCACUGGGCCGUCUGCUACUACGACAGGUGCAAACCCAAGUUCGGGCCGCUGGGAUCAGCAGACAAUUCAGUUUUCUGUCAAUGCUUGGGUUUUUGUUAUAGCUGUGCUGGCAGUGUUACCUCUAGUACCACAGAAUCUCUCAAAUAGGGCUUAUCGUCUAUCUUUCAUGGGAACUGCGUGCUCAUCUCUAUACUCCUUGUACUCUCUUUACGGGAGGCCAAGGGCAUGGAAUAUGCAAGGGCUGCAAGUUUAUUUUCAGUCAAUUGUCGGAGCAAAGGAUUUCAUCUAUUUCAUCUACUGCCUUACAUUUGUCACUUCGCAUCUCUGUCUCAAGUUUGCUUUGAUUCCCAUCUUGUGUCGAGCACUUGAACAAGUGGCCAAGUUCUUGAGGCGUAACUUUGCUCGCUCCACCAUUUACAGAAAGUACUUGGAAGACCCAUGUGUGUGGGUGGAGUCGAACACAACUACCCUCAACAUCCUCUCAUCGCAGGCUGAGAUAGCCAUUGGCUUCCUUUUGAUCAUCUCUCUGCUCUCAUGGCAACGCAACAUCAUACAGACAUUCAUGUACUGGCAGCUAUUGAAGCUGAUGUAUCAAGCACCAGUAACAGCAGGUUAUCACCAGAGCACAUGGAGCAGAAUCGGGCGGACGGUGAAUCCGAUUAUCCAACGUUACGCUCCUUUCUUGAAUACUCCGGUGACUGCCGUUCAGAGAUGGUGGUUCAGGUGAAAUUCAAACACUAAAUGCAGAGUUGACUUUUAAAAUCCUUUUUCUUUUGUUUAAAAAAAAAAAAACAAAAGGAUACCACCAGGCUCUCACAGUCUUAUUUUUCUCGUAACUCAUCAUAUUUCAGCGUAAAGUAGAUUCUUCUUCUCCUUUUACGUUUUCUUGGUUAUGAAAUAUUAUUGUUGCUAAAAAAGAUUUCGACUUUCUUUUGGUUA